UGACUUGGUGGAAGGAAGUAUUUCCCGAUUGGACUACCCUGUUGGCAGCCUGCUUACCAUCACGCUUGCUUUUAUAAUGAAAAAGGAAAAUAUUUCUGCUUUGGAUGAUGGCGGCUCCAGAAAUGGAGGUGGAGGUCGAUGUGGAGCCAAGUCUCAGAGGUCCUGAAAUAGUCACCAUGGGGGAAAAUGACCCACCCGCGGCUGAGGCCCCCUUCUCCUUCAGAUCGCUUUUUGGACUUGACGAUUUGAAAAUAAGUCCUGUAGCACCAGAUGCGGACGCGGUCGCGGCACAGAUACUGUCCCUCCUGCCGUUGAAGUUCUUUCCGAUCAUCGUCAUCGGGAUCAUUGCACUGAUAUUAGCACUGGCCAUUGGUCUGGGCAUCCACUUCGAUUGUUCCGGAAAGUACAGGUGUCGCUCGUCUUUCAAGUGUAUUGAACUGACAGCUCGAUGUGACGGGGUCUCGGACUGCAGGGAUGGGGAGGACGAGUACCGCUGCGUCCGCGUGAGCGGCCGGAACGCGGUGCUGCAGGUCUUCACGGCUGCCGCCUGGAGGACCGUGUGCUCUGACGACUGGAGGGGUCACCACGCUAACGUCGCCUGUGCCCAGCUGGGGUUUCCAAGCUACGUGAGUUCAGACGCCCUCAGGGUCGACUUAGUGGAAGAGCGGUUGCAGGGGGACUUCGCUUCCGUCAAUCACCUGCUGCCGGAUGACAAAGUGACGGCUCUCCACCACUCGGUGUACGUGAGGGAGGAAUGUGCCUCGGGUCACGUGGUUGCCUUGAAGUGCAUGGCCUGCGGUCUGAGAAUGGGCUACAGCUCGCGCAUCGUGGGUGGAAACGUGUCCUCGCUCGCGCAGUGGCCGUGGCAGGCCAGCCUCCAGUUCCAGGGCUACCACUUGUGUGGGGGCUCUGUCAUCACGCCCGUGUGGGUGGUCACCGCUGCCCACUGCGUCCACGACCUGUACAUCCCCAAGUCGUGGACCAUCCAGGUGGGCCUGGUUUCCCUGCUCGACAGUCCGGCCCCUUCCCACCUGGUGGAAAAGAUCAUCUACCAUAGCAAGUACAAGCCCAAGAGGCUGGGCAAUGACAUUGCCCUCAUGAAGCUGGCCGGGCCACUCACCUUCAACGAGAUGAUCCAGCCAGUCUGUCUGCCUAACUCCGAGGAACAGUUCCCUGAUGGAAAAAUGUGCUGGACGUCAGGAUGGGGGGCCACGGAGGAUGGAGCCGGCGAUGCGUCCCCGGUCCUCAACCACGCAGCCGUGCCUUUACUCUCCAACAAGAUCUGCAACCACAGAGAUGUGUACGGAGGCAUCGUCUCCCCCUCCAUGCUCUGCGCCGGCUACCUGAAGGGCGGUGUGGACAGCUGCCAGGGAGACAGCGGGGGACCGCUGGUGUGUCAGGAGAGGAGGGUGUGGAAGUUGGUGGGAGCGACAAGCUUUGGCAUCGGCUGUGCCGACGUGAACAAGCCCGGCGUCUACACGCGCAUCACCUCCUUCCUGGACUGGAUCCACGAGCAGUUGGAGAGGGACCUGAAAACCUGAAGACAGGGGAACGGGCCGCCACCUUGAGUUCCCGCCUUGAUUGAGACACCCCAUCCUUCCGCGGGUCCCCGGGUGGAAACUCACGGCCUGAGCCAGCGCCUCGGGUACUCUUCCUUCUGGAGCCACCGCGGAGCCCCAAGAAGGAGCAUCUUUCUGCCCCGGCACCUCCAGAACAGCUCCUAGCCCCUCUUCGAGCCACUGGGGUGUCGGGCUAAAAUGGCCCUGAAGCUCCUUUGUGACGUGCCCUUCACUGAGCUCAGAAACAGGAACGCCUUCGUGGUGCUACCUUGCCCCCCUCGUCCAUUUGGUUUUCUCUGCCCUGGGGCAUUCGCCAUGACUGACGAGACAGGCAGAUCUCACCACAGGCCACACCGGUGCCCAGUGGGGACACGCCAGCCCGGAGCCACAAGGGGGUGUCGUGAUAAAUGUCCCUGUCUGCACGUUUUUUAUCCCUAGGCGCCGGAACCAAAUCAGGUCUUUCUACUUCCAAGAUCCCUUUUUGUCUGUGAGAACUUAACCCACAAGUGAUUCCUUGUUAGGUGUCUUUCUAGUCUCUCUUUGUAGUAGUAUUUGUCCUUUACUUCCAAGGGACGUGUGCUCUCUUAACGCACCCGUCAAUCAGAGCUCGUCUGAGUGAAUACCGACCACUCGUGUAAAUCUGAAUCAUAAUUU